UUUGUCUUAUUCCAUCAUUGAUCAGUACUACCGGCUACCUACAGGCAACUAACGGCACAAGAACAGUUCACUAAAACUACUAGUUAUAAAUCAUGAGCACUGACUAACCAGGUCAUUUCCCCUCACUAACAAUAGACACUCACAUAAAAAUAUACCCAUAUACACAAAAGACCUUGUAUACCAUAGACAACCAUCUCACCAAUCCCAGAAACCCAAAAUGUCCACCGAAACCUUCCAAUACGGCACCGAUCACGACCUCCAAACCGUGACCGUCACCACCCUCAACACCACCACCACCACCACCACCGGCUACUGGGUGAUACUAAUCCACGGCGGCGCCUGGCGCGACCCAACCCAAACCUCAACCACCUACCUCCACCCCACAACCACCACCUUCCUCAAUCCUCACGAACCCUACCCCAAAACCACAACGCCCUAUAUCCACUCCAUCGCCUCAAUCUCCUACCGACUCAGCGCCCACCCCUCCCACCCGCAAGACCCCACCUCUACACCCCCCUCCCACCUCCGCACCGCAACCCACCCAGACCACAUCUCCGAUAUCCUCUCCGCUCUCUCCUUCCUGCAAUCCAAGUACGGGUUUGGAGAAAACUACCUCCUGGUGGGUCAUAGUUGCGGUGCCACGUUGGCGUUUCAGUCUGUUAUGGGCAAGUUUCGGACCCUGUCGUCUGGGCCUGCGCCGGUGGGCAUUCUGGGGAUGGCGGGGAUAUAUGAUUUGCGGUUGUUGAGGGAUACCCAUAGGGAUGUGUCUGCGUAUCAGGAGUUUACGGAGGGGGCGUUUGGGAAGGAUGAGGUGGUUUGGGAUGGGGUUUCGCCGGCGGUGGUGCGUGGGGUGGAUGGGGUGAGUGGGGGGUGGGAGGGUGGGAGGGUGGUGGUUUUGGCGUAUUCGGCUGAGGAUGGGUUGGUGGAUGCUGGUCAGAGGGAGGUGAUGAGGAGGGCGUUGGGGGAGGUUGAGGGGUUGGAUAUUAGGGGCCAGCAUGAUGAUGCGUGGAUGGAGGGGAGGGAGUUGGCGAGGGGGAUUGAGUUUGCGAUUGGGUUGUUGAGGGAGGGGUCGGAAUAG